CGGUCCCAAAAUGUCUUGCGGUGGGAGCCAAGUGUAAACGAAACGUUUUAUUGAGCGUUUCGCAUGACGUCAUGACAUUCUCUCUGCUGUGACGCGGCAUUUAGCUCGUAGCAGCUCGGCUAGCAAGUUCCUGUAACGGUCGGAUUUGGACGGUGCCUCUCGUUGUCGCCAUGGGGAAUGUAUUUGGUGGCUUAUUUAAGGGCCUGUUUGGCAAGAAGGAGAUGAGGAUUCUAAUGGUUGGCCUUGAUGCUGCAGGGAAAACCACCAUCCUAUAUAAGUUGAAACUUGGAGAGAUAGUCACCACCAUUCCCACCAUUGGUUUUAAUGUUGAAACUGUAGAAUACAAGAACAUCAGUUUUACAGUUUGGGACGUGGGCGGCCAGGACAAAAUCAGGCCGCUGUGGCGCCACUACUUCCAGAACACUCAAGGGCUCAUCUUUGUGGUGGACAGUAACGACAGGGAGCGUGUGAACGAGGCCAGGGAGGAACUGUCCAGAAUGUUGUCUGAGGACGAGCUGAGAGACGCCGUGCUCCUGGUGUUUGCAAACAAACAGGAUCUCCCCAAUGCCAUGAACGCUGCAGAGAUCACAGACAAGCUGGGCCUGCAUUCCCUGCGCCAGCGCAGCUGGUACAUCCAGGCCACGUGUGCCACCAGCGGCGAUGGCCUGUACGAGGGUCUGGACUGGCUGUCCAACCAGCUGAAGAACCAGAAAUGAUCCAUUCCACUACUUGAGGUUUUUCUUUGUCGUUUCUUUGUUCUGUUUCAACACAAUGGCAGCACCGGAUCCAGACUCCCAACGUGACCCGGCUUUUUCUUUCAAGAACUUCCUUCAUCCCCGCCCACCCCCCUCGUCCCCCUCACUCUUCUCGGGGUUCUUGCCUGUGCUGCACGUGUGUGUGUGUGUGUGUGUGUGUGGCGUGCGUGUGUACCUUGUGUUUGGUGAGUGCGUGGGCUGGGAUUGGGAGGAACCCUGGCGUGCCUUUUACACCUCUGGAAUCUGCAGUCCCAAACUCCGCCUUCGCCACGCCCACUCUGUCUGCACGCCCCUGCUCCCACCUGUACCCCCCCUUCCAAUCCACCUGGUCCCCGCAGAAGAAGCAUGGUUUUCAUUGGGCCACGAGAGCAAGGGUGCACACUGGCCCCUACCCCACUGUAUUAAACACCUGAUUGCUAGAUGUUCAUUUAACCUGAGAGCCCCACCCACCUGUAAGAAGCAUUUAACCUGUAUCAGGUCAGUCCACACGUGUCCAUCCUUGUUCUUGUGCUGCCAUGUGAAAGUCAUGCUGUCUCUUCUCCUACUGGCCGCCACCACCAAGCACAACGUGCUUCUUGUCUUCGGACUCAAUGAGACUUUGUGACCAGCUUCAAACGCUUCACAACAUCUUUCCUGGUUUUUUUUUCUUCUUCUUCCUGUGACUAGUUUAGCUAUUACUAUUUGUACUUUGACUGCGCAACCAAAAGCAUCGGAGCAGUUUGACAAAUCCCGUUUAGGAAAAGAUCUAGCAGGGCUUUGAGGAGCUUUUUCUCACCAGCGCUUUGGAUGAAGGAUUGGCACCAAACAAGAUGGCCAAUGUGCGCCUCCUCAUCCCAGCACCGCUUCCUUCCCUAAAGACCAAGACCACACAGUACUCUGAAGGCGGCGCCGUGGCGAGCCGGAGGCCUCGGAAAGCGUGCAUUUGGCAGGUCGGGAAGUCCUGGCAACGCUGGGCUGGCUCUUGUGUGGAGAAUGAUUGUAAAUCUGUAAAGUGUUUGUGUGGGCUUUCCUCAACACAUUAAUAAACAUGAUUUGAUCCAAA